AUGUCAAAUGGGGAGAAAAAGCAGGCAGUGAGAUUCUUCUACUUCAGCCUGAAUGAUGCUUCAGGCCGACUGACUGCACAGUCCAGGACUCUACGGUCCGGUAGUGACGACAGAGUUUUAUGGACCAGGGAAGCAUCACAAAGCUACAGCUGGCAGAGAGCCGAGGUUACGUUGUCCUCCGCAGCCAGCAGCAAGAUUGUCUUUAGGUAUGAGCUCGGCGACGGUCUCAGAGGUCUGGUUGCACUGGACGAUGUAUCUUUCUCCAGGGAUUGUGUAUUUGACCCCGACAACAGCGAGCUACCUGACCUGUCGUCAACCUCUGCCCCACCAUCAACCUCUAACACACCCACUUCUCCACACUUGACCUCUACUGCACCAAUAAACCCCUGUCAGGAUAAUGAGUUUUUUUGCUGGCAGUCACAGGGAAAAGUGUGUAUUCUGGCUACCUUACAAUGUGACUAUCAUCUAGACUGCCCGCAGGGGGAAGAUGAAGCCGGCUGUGGUCCGUGCACAUUUGAGAAUGAUCAGUGCCGAUGGACUGAUGUUAGCGAUGGACAGAGCAAGUGGCAGAGGCAGCGAGCCAGUAACAACACUGAGCCACCCACUGAUCACACUGCAGACACAGGCUACUACAUGAGAGUUAAUUUCAGUAAGGGGUCUACACAGAGUGAAGCUCAACUCCAGAGUCCCCCGCUGUCUCCUUCGUCCCCCUACUGCCAGAUUCGGUUUCACUUCCACAUCAGUGCAGAGAGCGCUGGGUCACUCAGAGUGCUUAUGCAGCAAGCUGGAGGGAGUGAAGCAAUCUUGUGGUCACGUAGUCACAGCACCGUCUCUCAUUGGAGCCCAGAGCAUCUGCCUCUCGGCCUGCACCAGCAGCCUUAUAAGGUUUUGUUCAGUGGCGUGAAUAAUGCAGCUGCUUCUCAUGUUGUUGCUGUGGAUGAUAUCUCUUUCCUAAACUGUGAAAAAUCCUACCAACCUCCAGCUCUGGCGUCCUUUGGCUGUUCUUUUGAAGAUGGUCUGUGUGCUUGGGUUCAGGGGGCUGAGGAUCAGCUGGACUGGCUUAGCGGGGCAGGUCCCACUCAAACCUCUAACACCGGGCCUGCAGGAGACCACACCAGCAGCAAAGGGAAAUACCUUUACAUCGAGAGUUCCUCACCGAGCAUAAAGGGUGAUUCAGCCCAGCUGAAGUCUUCACUGCUUCCACCUGCUGGUGAAAAAGGAUACUGUUUUUCAUUUUGGUACCACAUGUUUGGAGCCACUGUGGGUUCCCUCAAGAUGUUCCUGCAAACAUCUGAUCCCUUAGAGAAAACUCUGGUGUGGCAAAAAUCAGGAAACCAAGGAGAUGAGUGGCUGCAGGUUCAGAGCCAUGUGAACCUGCAGAAAGUCCACCAGGUUGUUCUGGAGGCAGCAGUGGGGGGAGAGGCUGGAGACAUAGCUAUCGAUGACAUCUCCUUGAGUCCUGGAGCAUGUCCUGUUUCUGAUUUGUGUGACUUUGAGGAUGGGAGCUGUAACUGGGAGCAGCAAGCAGCCGGUGAUUCUGAGUGGAUCAGACAUCAGGGAUAUACUCACAACCCUUACACAGGACCGGAGAGCGACCACACCACCAGCACACCUACGGGUCACUACUUCUACCUGCCUUCAUCGUCUACUGACCGAGCUGGCCAGAAAGCUGCAAUGUUUUCACCUCUGUACCCAGCGGACAAAGGAUCUUGCGUGCAGCUGUGGUACCACAUGUAUGGCAAAGGAAUGGGGACACUAAAUGUUUACCAGCAAAGUGAAGAUGGGAAGGAAGCUCUGAUUUUCUCUCAGACAGGAGACCAGGGCCUUCUGUGGAGGUUCGCUCAGGCUUCUCUUCUGCCUCGGCUUCAUCCUUACAGAAUUGUGGUGGAAGGUGUGAAGGCUGGCCCUACACAGGAGGGGGACAUGGCUAUUGAUGAUGUACAGCUGACUGAUGAUCAGUGUCCUCCUCGUGGAUUUUGUGACUUUGAGGACACGAUGUGUAGCUGGAGCAACCUGGGUGAAGGAGUCGACCAGGGAGACUGGCUCCGUGGCAGUGGUGGUUCCCCGAACCCACAUACAGGACCCAGUGUGGAUCACACUACUAAUUCCACACAAGGUCACUAUGUUUACGUGGACAGUUUUGUGGGUGAGUGGGGAGUCUCAUCCUUCCUGGUCAGUGAUGUUUUACAGCCCUCCACACGAGGGCACUGUCUCACAUUCUGGUACCACAUGUAUGGAAACCAUGUUGGGACUCUCCGUGUCUAUAUAAAUAACAGGAAAAUGCAGGCUGGUGGUGAUGAAGUGGGCCUAUUGAAGUGGACUGAAACAGGAAACAAGGGAGAAAAGUGGCAGAUGGCAAAUGUGUCUGUCACGCAUGAUGAAGCAUUUUGGUUUGUGUUUGUGUAUCAGCGAGGCAGGAUGGCAGGUGGGGAUGUUGCUCUUGAUGAUAUCACCAUCGUCCCAGGCAGCUGCUACACAGAGCCUCCCAUUGAUCACUCUGACAAUAAGGGUAUGAUUGUCGGCCUUGCAGUUGGGCUAAUUGUUCUUGCUGGGAUCAUCAUCUUUAUCGUCCUUGUUAUGCUGAACCAAAAUCAUAAUAAAAUGUAA